AUGUCCACACCAGAGCUUCAGUACCCGGCGUCCUAUCUCCAGCCUCAGAAGCCGACGGAUCGCGUACUCUCCUUCCGCUCUCAAUACCAAGUCCCCACCACCAUGAAUCCCUGGGAAUCAUGUGCACUUCAGUCUGCCCAGUACCAAUUUUCCGGCGAGGAUGAGCAAGCCUCCCAAGGAAACGCGGCCUCUUGGCGACAACCCCAGCCCGCCGCUGAUCCCGUCAUGUACCCCGGCCUGUAUUGUCCAUCCGGCUUCGACAUGAUGAGCAUUCUUCUGCGCGUCGCUGGCAGGCCCAACCCCAAGGUCCAACUCGGCGCCAUCGACUGCUCCGUCGCCUUGUUGCUAUGCGACCUCGAGCAGCCAGAUACCCCAAUCGUCUACGCAUCCGAACACUUCAGCAUCCUGACCGGCUAUUCGAACAAGGAAAUCCUUGGUAAGAACUGCCGUUUCCUCCAAGCUCCCGGUGGCAAGGUCUCUCAGAAGUCAGCCCGCAAGCACGUCGACAAGAACGUCGUCAAGGACAUGCGCAAAGCCGUCGAGGCCAACGACGAGGUCCAGCUCGAGGUCCUCAACUUUAAGAAGGACGGUACCCCCUUCGUCAACCUGCUCACCAUGAUCCCCGUCCGCUGGGAAUCCCAGCAUUUCCGAUACUCCGUCGGCUUCCAGGUGGAGCGGGAGGAUUGA